AGGACAACCAGGACCCGGAGCCCCGGAGCAACAACGUCCCCGGAGGACAAACAGCAGGCUCGAGCUCUGAUAGCACCGAUGUUCAGGAGCCAUGUUUCUAAACGGCCUUAGCGACAGUAACUAAGGGGCGGGGCGCCGUCACAGCGAGAACGCGGAGGCUCCGCGGGAUCCGGAAGUGCUCCGAGACCAGAAUCCAGACUCAGUCCAGGACAACACGGUCCACCAGUCACAGCGGAGACCUGCAGGACGAUGGAGAACCAGAACCCGGACCACAGGAGCCAAACAGCAGCCUCGUGCUCUGAUAGCACCGAUGUUCAGAAACGGAGGGAGGGACUCAAACGUCACCGCUGUCAGUUCUGUGACAAAUCCUUCACAAGAUCUGGAUAUUUAAAGAUUCAUCAGAGACAUCAUACUGGACAGAAGCCGUACACCUGUGACCAGUGUGGGAAAGCUUUCACUCAAUCAGGUGACUUAGAAAGACACAGACGUGUUCACACUGGAGAGAAACCGUACAGCUGUGACCAAUGUGGGAAAGCUUUCAGUAGAGGAGAUGAUCUAAAAGUCCACCAACGUGUUCACACUGGAGAGAAACCAUACAGCUGCGACCAGUGUGGGAAAACUUUCACUAGAUCAGGUAGUCUAAAAGUCCACCGACGUGUUCACACUGGAGAGAAACCGUACUGUUGUGGGCACUGUGGGAAAAGUUUCAUUAAAUCAGGUUCCCUUAUGAAACACAAACGUGUUCACACCGGAGAGAAACCAUACUGGUGUGAACAAUGUGGGAAAGCUUUCACUCAAUCAAGUGACCUAGACAGACACAGGCGUGUUCACACUAGAGUGAAACAGUAUAGCUGUGACCAAGGUGGGAAAGCUUUCACUGAGUCAGGUUUCCUAGAAAGACACAGACUUGUUCCCACUAGAGAUAAACCACACAGCUGUGAACGGUGUGCGAAAACUUUCUCUACAUCAUGGAAACUGAAAAUCCACCAACAUGUUCACACUGGAGAGAAACCGUACAGCUGUGACCAGUGUGGGAAAUCUUUUUCUCAUUGUAGCAAGUCUCUCGUGAUUCAUCAGAGACAUCAUACUGGACAGAAGCCGUACACCUGUGACCAGUGUGGGAAAGCUUUCACUCAAUCAGGUGACUUAGAAAGACACAGACGUGUUCACACUGGAGAGAAACCGUACAGCUGUGACCAAUGUGGGAAAGCUUUCAGUAGAGGAGAUGAUCUAAAAGUCCACCAACGUGUUCACACUGGAGAGAAACCAUACAGCUGCGACCAGUGUGGGAAAACUUUCACUAGAUCAGGUAGUCUAAAAGUCCACCGACGUGUUCACACUGGAGAGAAACCGUACUGUUGUGGGCACUGUGGGAAAAGUUUCAUUAAAUCAGGUUCCCUUAUGAAACACAAACGUGUUCACACCGGAGAGAAACCAUACUGGUGUGAACAAUGUGGGAAAGCUUUCACUCAAUCAAGUGACCUAGACAGACACAGGCGUGUUCACACUAGAGUGAAACAGUAUAGCUGUGACCAAGGUGGGAAAGCUUUCACUGAGUCAGGUUUCCUAGAAAGACACAGACUUGUUCCCACUAGAGAUAAACCACACAGCUGUGAACGGUGUGCGAAAACUUUCUCUACAUCAUGGAAACUGAAAAUCCACCAACAUGUUCACACUGGAGAGAAACCGUACAGCUGUGACCAGUGUGGGAAAUCUUUUUCUCAUUGUAGUAACCUAAAACGCCACCAACGUAGUCACACUGCUUAAUUUUGAACAUUUUUCAGAGACAUGCUAGCUGUUUCCACCUGCCUCCUCUUCAUGCCCUGAUAGCAGAGAUUUUAUAUUCUGAGCUUCAGUAACAGUAACUUUCUAUUAUGUUAUCAAUGCUAUAACUAUAUACUGUCGCCCUCCCCAUUUCUUUUCUUUGAGGAAGUAAACUCUUGAGACUUUGUAUACCCCCCAAUGAAAAAAUAAAAAAUAAAAGUGGAGUCGGGUUUAAUCCUCGCAA